UAGAGAGAGAAAGGUUGCCGAAAUUGACCAAGUCAGUCUCCAUUCUAUCUGAGUCUGACGUUUCUGUAUGUGGAAGACUACAAAGAUUAGAGAGAUGGUGUCUCGACCACUCUGCAGCACAUCCUCCAGCAUCACGGUGACAUUGCGUCCGCUUCCAAACUGAAAUCACUUGCCACACUCACACCCUCCUACUGCUACUACCUCGACCUCGGUGGUUUUUUGAACUCUAAAUUAAGCAUCUCAGCCCUGGUGGAAAUGGUAGCCAUUACUGUUAAAGAGUCCCCGAAAAUCAAAGCAGAUUGGCUCAAGCCUGUCCUGGAGGAGAAUAUAAAGGGAUAUAUUGAUAUGAGAAAGAGGCGAGCUCUUCUACUUAAAAGCUUCACAUUUCUGAUCUCCAUGGUCGACAAGUUUCAGGGGAAACCCCUUCUUCAAGGCAUCUUCUGACCAACCAAUUUACUUCGAAUAUUCUUUUCUUCAUCUUGAUACCCGCAAAAAUUAUAAUUGGUUUGUUUUGGAUAUUUUAUUUUCUUUUGUAUAUAAUAAUUAUCCAAAUAACCAAAAAAAACCUAAAUCCUAAUAAAAUCCCAAGUUUAUAGGAUUUUAAAGUAAUAGGUGGGAUUCUUUGGAAAUUUAGUUCCAGCUUGAAUUCUUGUUAAUAGAUUUUAUACCCACAACACAAACAUAGCAAGAAGAAAGUAUUUUUGAAGACGAUCUGAUGAAGAUAAAUAAUGUUAAACGAGAAGAAAUAGAGAUGAGACUAGAACCAUAUGUAUUGUUUUGGAUAGAGCGUUUGUUUCUCUUUCUACUUAUCAUCUUCCCAACAUACCUCUUAGAUCUUACCAUCCCAAUCAUUCUCUUCACUACUCUUUAUGGAAUACCCUUCUUCUUCCUUUGCCGCAAUCUCUAUUCAGUAGGAUCAUCUGGUAUUGGAGGAAUCUGGCUGUUUAUAUUGGACCGCUCUACGUUUUACUUAGCCUUUCAGUAUUAUAAACUAUUGGCUGGAGGCUUUGACCUCACCUUCCUUUGGCGUCUCACCAUUGUCCUCUCCUUCGUGAUCCACUCCAUUUACAUCGUCGAGUAUCUCCUUAGAUCUCAUCAAACCGUACCAUCUACUUCACCUCAAUCUAAGAAUUAUGAUAAGACUCCCGGUGAUGUGAGCAAGCAAGUGGAGAAGAUGAAUGAGUUAGUCGAAGAUGGGAAGAAGAUGGUGACAUAUAUGGAGAAUAUGAUCCAUUCAAGUCUUGAAACUCAAAGAAAAGAGUGGGGGGAGUUUCUUGAUGAGUUGAGCAAAGAUGGGAAGAAGACCAUGUCGAAAUUGGAUGGUAUGAUCUGCGCACAAAUUGGAACUCUGAGAGAAAACAUGCGCCUCAAUGUUGACGAGGUAUGGCAAAAGCUCCGAGAUGAGAUGAGGUCUAAAGUCGACGAGAAUGUCAAAGCUUCACGACAAGAUCUUAACAAAGGUAUCAAAUCUAUGGCCGACCAACUCCGUGAGACCUACCUUGCCAUGGAGGAAACUACCAAAGAAGCCAAGGCCUACGAGACCUACCUUAUCGACCAAACAAACCGACGGGUGAUAAGAGGAGAUGACGUUGAGGGAUUUGCCGAGCUCAGGGAGCAAGUGCAGAGAAUGGCAGUGGAGGCUGAGAUUGCUGCAGAAGAGCUCUCACGUGUAACGGUGGAGUUGGUGGAGGCAGGGAUCCAGCAAUGGGAGGAUGACAACUUCGACUAUCUCGCCUCCCUCCCUCUCAUGUAUCUCAAUCGUAACUAAUAAGUAUUCGUUAAAUUCUAUUGUCUCUGCCUUUUCUUGCAGUCUUUAUUUUGUGCACUUGAUAACUAGAUUCUACUUGGAUAACCCUUGUUUUCUUCAUUGCUUA